GUGAAGUCAGCAUUACAGUAGCCCAAUAACAAAUCUAAGCUGACUGCCUAUGAAUAACGCUGGCUUUUCAAGGCACAGAACAAUGUUGCUUAAAUGCAAUUUAGGAUCUGGAAUGCCAGAUCUUCUCACCAGGUUAGAUGGCACAUAGUUUUUUAUUCUUCUCCAAAGGAACUUGGCAGUGGUAGCACAAAAAUGCUAAUAAGUAGCAAUGUUAUCAAGCUCCCUUCAGUGUUUAAUUACAGUUAUUGGCAUAAUCAACAUUACAUCAGAUUAGAAUUGUUCUUUCACCCACAAAUAAGUACUGGAAGAACGGGAAGCUUUGCAUUUGCUGAAGAAUGCCAGCACAGCAAGACUGCCUCUGUGGCCCAGAUACAAAGACUAGCAUACAAAUGGCCUGCCCUGAAUUCUGAUUCCAGCAUUGCUCAAAAUGACCGAAGUGGAUUUCCCUGAACAUGACCUUUUGAGAGAUAUAUGUAUCUCUUCAAAGCUGUUUGACUUGUGAUAAGGGCCAUAGUUAUCUAAGAGCACGAACUCUGCAUCUAGAUAAUGGAAGACAACUGGCAGCUUAAAACUGGUUGUGAAAGCUUGAGGAAGAAAUUUGUAGAUUUGCAUACUGGUCAGCCCUCUGAUUCUGAAAGAUGUGACAGUGUAGAACUUGAUGAUAAAAUAAGGAUUCUGAUCAGGAAGAAUGAUACUCCAGAGUCCUGUAAGAAGCCAGAGAACAGUUCAUAUGCCCUAAGUGCAUUUGAAAAAAGCAAGAACCAAAAUUGUUCAGGGCAGAGACAAGCUGCUAUGGAAUCCAAGAAAACUUCAGAAUGUAUAUUUACAAAGAAGCUAACAGAUAUAUCAUUAGGACAAAAAAUUAUAUCAUUAGAAAAGCAGAAGCAGGAGCUUUUGUCAGUGAACAAUCAAUGGGAUCAACAUUUCAGGCAGAUGAAGCAGCAUUAUGAAAAAAAGGUCACAGAAAUGGAAGCAAAACUGGAAACAGUGCAGAAGAUUGUUAGGGAUCUUGAACGAGAACGGUAUCAAACGCAGCAAGAGUGCCAAAGGCUGGAAGACCUGAUGAGAAACCAAUUAGCACAGGAAAUGAAAGACAAGUACACACUGAGGAAAGAGAAUAGGUUUUUGAAACAAGAAACUGCCCUCACAAACACAAAGAAGAUGUAUUAUGAAUGUGAAAUAAAGCGACUCAACCAGUCCCUUUUGGAUGCCUUGAAACAUCAAAGCACAUGCUCCCAGAGCUCUCACGUGGAGGCAUUGGAUAGCAAUCGCAAGCAAGAGGAGAUGGGAACACAGAUGGAACUUCUCCAGGAACAG